AUGACCCACAAGCAGUAUUCAGAACCGCCUUGUGAUGCGCCUUUUGAGGCUAAUAAUCACAAACCACAUAACCAAUUCUCAUCCUUCUUGGAUCUCCCCGCAGAGCUACGAAACAGCAUCUACGAGCUAGUUCUUCACGAGGGCACUUUCGACGUGUUUCCUAACCAACACUCGCCCAAGCCUCAGACAUUAUCUUUACUCUCUACCUGUACCCAGAUACGAUAUGAAGCGUUGCCUAUCUUCUACUCGCGCAAUACCUUUGACUUUGCUUUUAUGGUCACGCAUAUCCCAAAGUUUGUCAGGAUGGGCAGUUCGGUCUAUUCGCUUAGAUCACAAUGA